AUGUCAUUUCGCAAGAGAGUCACGGCGUCGGCUGUGAACUCGCCCGUUGUUGCCAGCGUUUACGCGACCGCUUCUCUGUCCUCAGAAGAGACCCAGCAGCUGCUUGACCAGUUCAUUAGCGAGUGCGACCGUCUCGAGGCCACCGCCUUGGAUAAGAGCUACCAUGGGCCCGAUUCGACCACUCUGAGCCAGCUGAAGCGGCUGCAGAGAGAACUGAGGGGUCUGCCGCCGCUGCUGCUGGAGGGCCAGGCCAAGGAGAAGAGCGAGAAGGUGCCGAAGAAGACUGUUUUCGAGGACGUUGGGGAGAAGCCGAAAAAGAUUGUGUUUGACGAAGAGCCGCAGGGGGCUGAGACAGCGGGGGACGAGACAGCAGAGGCCGACGAGACGGUGGUGAGCGACGAGAACGGCGAGGAACGGCAGAAGAAGCGCAAACUGGAGAAGAAGGACAAGAGAGACAAGAAGGACAAGAAGGACAAGAAGGCGAAGAAAAGCAAGAAGGAGAAGAGCGCGGAGUGA